AAUCAGCCUGAAGUUCAGAGCAAGGCGGCGCACAGCUGAGGAGAGCAGCUCCGACGCGAGAGGAGGAUGGAGAGACGCGCGGACCGCGGCCGUGGGAGGCUGUGAAUGUGACAUUACACGUCGCCGAAUGACGCCCCUUCCACUUUGACAGGAUAUGCAUGAUCCACCCUUUGCACGAUCGCCAACCCCGGAGCUCUGGAUCCAGACACGCACACAGCGCCGUGUUUUUCUGCGCGGACCGUGACAAACCUCCCUCCCUCCCCGACGUUUUUUAUGCUUUAGUUUACCCAGCGUGAUUGAUCGAGUGUUGGGGGGUUUGGAUUUUGGAUCCAGGCAAUGUUGGCAUGGCCGCUUCGGGAGUACAUAAGUGUCCGAAGAGCGAGAAGUUGGACGAGGCGCAGGCUCUGGCCAGGAGCUGCGCGGGGAGACCAGACUUCCUCCCGUGCGACGGACUCUCCAUCUGCGCGACGCACAGCCACGGGAAGUGCUUCAAGCUGCACUGGUGCUGCCACUUGGGCUGGUGUCACUGCAAGUACGUGUACCAGCCCAUGACCAAUGUGUGCCACCUGCCCAGCACCACUGUGCCGCCCGUGGGCUCGGAGUGCAGUAACACCAUCGACCUGUCUGCCUCGCUGGCAGAGCGCUUCCUGAAGCUGGCCCCCAGCUUCCAGUCCCCGCCUCACCUGGAGUCUCCCAAGUACUGCGUCAUCGCAGACCUGUUUGUGGACGACUAUGUCGUCAAGCGCAUCAAUGGGAAGAUGUGUUACGUUCAGCGGCCCCCGCCUCCCUUACCAGAACCGCCUCAGCCACCGACGCCUCCCCCGCCUGCUCCGGCUACACCUCAGAUGCCCCUAAAUACCAAUCAGCCUCGGCAACCGGUCAAUCCGCCGCUGCCGCCGCCACCACUCACGACUCAGCACUCACCUGCGCCGGUGCAGCCGGUGCAGCCGCUUCAGCCGCUUCAGCAGGUGUACAGUGAACACAAACAUCCCUCCCCCGUUGAUAAGAUAAAGGGUCCCAAAAUGGACCACUGCUCCUCUCCGUCCAGCUCCGAGGACUCCGGCAUUAACGCGCUGGGCCUGCACUACCUGGAGUCCUGUGAGGAGGAGAGUGAGGAAGAGGAGGAGGAUGAAGACGAGCUGAGCACAGACGGAAACUCGAGCCCUGGCAGCCUCUGGGAUCAGGACGACUGUUCUCUUCUCUCUCCUUCCAAGUCUAUGAUAGAGAUCAUUGAAAAGAUCGAAACAACUGUGUAACUGACACGGCGUCGGCAUGGACGCCAUCUGUGAAGAAGAUCUACAGGGCUUGGAUUUAAUUUACACGGACCAAUAAGGAGCGUACCCCCUGCCUGUGGCUCUUCUGAAGGCUUUGCAGAGUUGUUUUGGGCUGAAUUAGUUUUCCUGCAGGUGGCCGAGGAUUGUACACCCACAAUCUCACGCAGCCUCUACUCUCCUCAAUUCUCCUGCAUGGGAUUCAUUUCAAGAACUUCUUAGAAUAAAGGAAGAAGCACAAGAAUAUCAAGUACAUUCACAGUGGACCAGAAAGACCUCCUCUACAUGGUCUCAUGGUGAAAAAGCUAAAAUAGAAAAGAGUUUAGAGUAGGUGCACAUGAGAAGAUGGUAAGAAAACAAAAAGAGAGAUGUUUCUGUAGGUGUAUUACUGAAGCUAAGUCAUAUAUGAACAAAGAUGGUAGGUUUUGUGAUGAUAAUGAGCAGUUAGGUAAUUCUUAGUGUUUUCCAGUUGUCGGUCUGUCGGACUCUAGUGUAAUUCAGAAUUCAAGUGGCAAAUAAGCACGUCAUCCCUUGUUCUCUGCUGAGUGGCUCCACCCACACACGCGUUAGUAAUUCUGACACUUCAGCAUAAUGACGGCAAGGCCGGCUACCUCUCACUGGGCCUAAAGCACAUCAGCCUUUUAACCCCUUAAUUAGCCGGCUCUGGGCGGCCGCGACGCACCUGCUUUCGUUGCAUUAAGCAGUUUUGUCGGCACUUUUGCCGACGCCGUCGCAGGCGGCGGGUACUGUAGGUCGGUAUUUGACAAUCAAGGAUUACACGGAAGCACAUUCCUAUACUGAACCUGCCAGCGAGGACCAAGGUUAUUUCUAAAACCAAUUAUCAGGCAUUAACAUGUUGUUCUUCUGACCACCUUUUCUGGUCAGUGCAGACUGGACCGCAGUUCUGUUCAGGGCUAAAAGAGGCGUCAGGCCAAGCUCUGACCUCUGUUAGGAGCUGAGACAUGAAAAAAAGCACGGACGCGUCUCUGGCACAUACACAGUGACAAAGUUAGGGGAGACACCACGCUAGAGACUAGUAAGAUCCAUGAUGUAAAGGAAAUAUAUACCUAAUUUAUUCAUAUUAACCUAUAUUAUAACACGCCUGCAUUGUUAUUUGCGUCUGGGGUUCUUGAGUGUGAAAUGACUAGACUAGUGUAUCACACUUAUUUGUGUUAUUGGGCAGAAAUGAUCACUUAGUGCACCUUUUUCAAGUGAGAUUACAGUAUGAGGUGGGAUGCUGUGUUGUGAUAUGUUGAUUGAUAUGAUUUCGAAAAAAAGUCAGCGCCCUCAUUCAUCAGUAAAAUGAAGCAAGGCUGGAUAUUUUUCAUAUUUAUUUUUUUCAGUGACAAAUGAGUCAAAUGAGUCAUCUGCAAAAAAAAUGACCAACAAACCAAAAUUCUCAUUAGAUUAGUAAGUAUUACUGCGUACUGUAAGUACUUUAAGCACUAGCUGUUAAAGUAGGAGUCAUGUUGCAUGACUACAUUAAUUCCCUCUUGUCAAAGAUACAAUUUAGCAAAUUUCGUGACUCGCCGUAUCCAAGCAGCAUUCAAAUCUGACAUAAGUUGUUCAAAUAAAGUGUUUUUUGUUGUUUUUUUUCAAGUUGUGGGACAGCUCUUGACAUUACACUUAACAAGAGUCCCUCCUAAUGCAGAUUAAAACAUGUCAUCUUCUUAUUAUUGUUAUAUUAUUUUCAUAUGAAUAAAUCUUAAUAAAAUAGAUUUUUCUCUCUCUUAA